AUGAAUAGCUGUUGUAUAGUAUAUGGAUCGGAAACAGGAAAUACUGAAGUGGCCUCCUUUUGUACUUAUUUAUAUUUCCGAAGGAAUGGACUUCCUGUUGAGAUUCACCUAGCUGACUUUGUCACCCUCAAAUCCCUAUCAUCAUUUGAACAUGUUAUUUUCUUUGUUCCAACCUGUGCAUUCGGUGAAUUCCCACAUAACUUCGAGUCUUUUAUUAACUCUCUAAUCAAUAUCGAAACGGAACUUGAUAGUUCUAAGGGUAGGGUUAAGGAAAGUAAAAGUUACUUGGAGAAAUUGAAAUAUACAAUAUUCGGCCUUGGGGAUAGUAGAUACCCUUUGUAUAAUUUUGCGGCUAGGAGACUUCAAUCUUUGUUGAAAUCACUUGGUGCUAAUGAGUUCUUUCCAUUGGCGUUUGGAGACGAACAACAUCCUCUGGGAUAUUCCGGCGAACUCAUACCAUGGAGAAAUGAUCUUCUAAACUACUUUACUAAUAACACUGUUACCAAUAGUUGUUCAGACAAGUAUACUUUGCCCUUCACUAUUACUUUUUCGGAAUUUGGUUCACAGCCUACCCCUUUAUCGCAUACCAAUUCUGGAUCUGACUCUUCAACUAAUGCCACACCCAAGGGUCAUAAUAGUGCAGAUACCUUACCUGAAAAGCCUAAGAUUGUGUUGAAGAAAGAUAAGUCAGAGUAUAAAACUGGUAGAGUAGUUUGUAAUAAGAUUAUCACGAGUGAAUCCCAUUUCUCCAAUGUAAGAACUCUGGUGAUAGAGACCGAAUCCCCAGCGUACAGGACAGGUGAUGUGUUUUGCUGUCUUCCAACCGAUAACACUGUCGCAAGUAUGCUUAAAAACAUGAACCUAGACCCCAAUAUGAUUGUUAAGAUAGGUUGUAACCCAGACUUUAAUUCCUCCAAUUUCACAAUUCAAACAGUUUUAUCAGUCCACAAUGAGCCCCAGCUGAGUGUGGUUAACAAGUACUUUAAAAAUCCAAUUAAGACAGUGUCUAAGGGUCACGAUGUUGAAAGAGUAUCAAUAUCGUCUAGGAAGAUGGAAUUUGACGAGUUCAUGACACUGGAAGAGCUAUUUUCCAAGUAUCUGUGUCUAAGGAAUAUUUGCACUCCUUUCCAAAUGCACAUUAUGUCAAUGUACGCUAAUAAUAACCUUCACAAGGAUAAACUGCAAGAGAUGGUAGGCGAUACAAUACAGGGCUGUUUAGAGUACUACAGGUACUGUUGGCUCGAAAAAAGGUCUUUUUAUGACGUUCUGUAUGACUUCCCAAGUGUUAAAUUACCCCUACAAGUAGUGAUUAACAUUUGUAAUCCAUACUACUCAAGGCUUUAUUCUAUUGCAUCCAGUGAGGUUGGCUUUGUCAACAAGUUCCUUUACACACUUCCUAGGUAUCCAAGUUCUCUGGAUUUCACCAUAUUCAAACAGUUUUUAGACCAUAAGUACAGUCUCAGUAACAGGAUAGAGUUGUGUGUGGGAUCAGUAAAGUAUGUAACACCUUAUAAAAGACGUGUUGAGGGCUUAAAUUCAGCUUACUUUUCAAGCCUGACUAUUGGUGAUGAGGUUGAUUUUUUAAUAUAUAAGCCCUCGUUUUCACAACUAAUUUCUAAUGUUGAGGUCCCUGUAUUAUUUAUCGCAACGGGCACUGGAAUCACUGUUAUUAAGCCAUUCAUACAAUUUAGAGCAUUUAAAUUGAAGGAAAUCUGGAAGAAUUAUGGAUAUAUACCCAAUGUGAAGGAUUUGGCGUUUAUUGGAUUUAGGAGGCCGAACCAGGAUCACUUGUACACUGAUUAUCACAUGUACAGGAGCUGGUGCAGGUUCAUCUUCGUGUACUCUAGAGCCUCGAAAACCAAGUUCUACGUCCAACAUUCAAUUAUACUAAAUUCAGCAACAGUUUACCCGGUGUUGAGAGAUGGGUUGGUGGUGAUUGGAGGGAAGUCUCAUCCAAUGCCGUCUCAGGUAAUUGAGUCUCUUCAGCUUGUUUUGGAGAAGGAGGCAGGGUUCGGAACUGAAGCUGCUAAGAGAUUCAUUGACGAUAGCAUUAAGCAAAAUAAAAUUAUCAUUGACUCUUGGGGGUAAUAUAAUAAUCUCGCUUAAUAUACUAUAUACAAUGUA